AUGAAGAAAGACGCCGACUUCGGCCCGACGAUGGUGCGACUCGCGUGGCACAGCAGCGGGACGUAUGAUAAGAUGACCAAGACGGGCGGGAACGGCGGCGGGACGAUCCGGUUUAAGGAAGAGCUCGCGCACGGCGGCAACGCGGGUUUGGAUAAAGCCGUCAAGCGGCUGGAGCCGAUCAAAAAGCGCCACCCGGACGUCAGGCGCGUUCCUAUUUACACUGGUCCCCAUACGACCGCCUGGGCGGACCUCAUCGCGUACGUCGGCGUCGUCUCCAUCGAGACCAUGGGCGGCCCCGCCAUCCCGUUCGCGUACGGACGCGUGGACGAGAUGGACCCCGGGAAGGUCACCCCGGACGGGCGCCUUCCGGACGCGGAUAAGGGCGACGGGCCCGGUCCGAAGACGCGCGCGGGUAUCCGCGAGGUGUUCAACCGCAUGGGCUUCGACGACCAAGAGAUCGUCGCGCUGAGCGGCGCGCACGCGCUCGGGAGGUGCCACGCGGACGCGUCCGGGUACGUCGGCCCGUGGUCCGGGACGCCGACGCUCUUCAACAACUCGUACUUCGUGCUGUUGAAGGGGUUAAAGUGGACGCCGAACGACAAGGCGGCGAAGUUUCAGGCGCGUUCUAUUGCACACUGGUCCCCAUACGACCGCUACACCGAUCCGUCCGGGAAUUUGAUGAUGCUGCCGUCGGACAUCGCGCUCAUCGAGGACCCGAAGUUUAAGAAGUACGUGGACGUGUACGCGAAGGACCAGAAGAAGUUCUUCGACGACUUCUCCAAGGCGUUCAACAAGCUCGAGACGCUCGGGACGUCCGGUCUCACCCCGUUGAACGCGUGAGCGGCGGCG